AUGUGCGCUUAGAGCGCUCAACCAAUCAGCGAGCAGCUGAGGGCAACCUGCAAGAGGAAAUAAAAGAGCGAGCGAGAGAGUGAGAGAGAGUUGCCAGAGAUCUUGCAGGUAAUGUCGAUCAAUGGCUCGAACUCGUCAAGCUCGUUCCGAGCGACGGCAGCGACAUUUUGUGUGCAACUUACUCAGUUGAAAUGCGAACUUGGCGAGCGCAAGACGCGAGCGUCGGUGUUUCUCCAUAUCAUAUAUAGAAAAAACCCAAAUAAACCCAAACAAAUCCAAUUUCAAAUACUCAACAAGUUGUUGUUAUUGUCAUAAUCGAAUUAACACCCACACACAAACACGCACAUGAGACAUUUGCCAUAAUAACGCCACUUUGCUUUUUGGUAGCUGUGAUUUGCAUAAUUAACGCUAAUCGAAUUCGCCUCGUGCCUUCACAAAAGAGCUGAAAACUCAUGCUGUCAGCUUUCGCUAUUGUGUUCAGUUGUUGUUGUUGUUUUUGUUCUACUCGUUAUUGUUAUUGUCUGUGAUUGAAUUGUGCCAAAAGUUAAACAAUUUACUAAAGUGUGAAAUAUACAAAUACCUACAACAUAUAAAUCAUGAUCACCAUGAACGAACUUGUCGAUCUGCGCAUGCAACAACACAUCGCGCACGAGAUCUAUCGUCAGCAGAUAAUGCAACGCAUACCGGAUCCCUUUCCACCGAUGUUGCCCAUACCGAUGCCGCGGCACGUGAUAAUGCCACCGCGUGUCUCGUUGCCCGGCGUGGAGAUGACGCUGCAGAACGAUGAGCUGUGGAAGCAAUUCCAUCAGAUUGGCACGGAAAUGAUCAUCACAAAAAGCGGCAGACGCAUGUUUCCCUCAAUGCGCCUGAGUGUUUCAGGCCUGGAGGAUGAGACCAACUAUUGUGUGCUGCUCGAGAUGGUGCCCAUUGGCGAUUGUCGCUACAAGUUCUCCGGCUCCCAAUGGGUGCCAGCUGGCGGUGCCGAACCGCAGAGUCCACAGCGCAUGUAUCUGCAUCCGGACAGUCCGGCAACUGGCGCACAUUGGCAGGCACAGCCCAUACUCUUCAACAAGGUGAAGUUGACGAACAACACGCUGGACAACAGCGGACAUAUCGUUUUGGCCAGCAUGCACAAGUAUCAGCCACGUUUGCAUGUCAUACGCACCGCUGACCUGGCGCAAAUACCUUGGGCGCCCCAACAGGCCUUUGUGUUUGCCGAGACGGAAUUUGUGGCUGUGACAGCAUACCAGAAUGAUCGCAUCACGAAGCUGAAGAUCGACAACAAUCCAUUUGCCAAGGGCUUCCGCGAAACUGGACAAUCGCGCUGCAAACGCAAAAUGUCUUCAUCGCCAACCGAUGAUGAUCAAGAUUUGGCCCAGACGCAUUCACAAUCCUCUGGCUCGCUUGACAUGUCGCCAGGCAAAUCCACAACGACAGCAGCAUCGGCAUCGGGAUCAGCAGCAGCAACAGCAGAGGGAGCAACAACAUUGAACAACAGCGAACAGGAUGGUCCGCAAAUUAAGCGACUGAGAUCAAAUGGAUCCGCCUGUUCGUUAUCAUCCUCGCUCGAUGGCGCUGAGGCUGUUGCGAUGCCUGGCGCCAGCUCCAUUGGCUCGCCCCGCGGCGCCGCCACCUUCAUGCAACAUUUCCAACAGAACAUGCAGUCGCUGUUGCGACCCUCGCUGGUCGAUCUCGCCUGCACAUACUUUGGCCGGCCACCACAUGAGUACAAUGGCACAACGACGUCGGCUACACAUUUGUAUCCGCCAGCGUCCAUUUUGCAAGCUGCUUUGCCACAACUUCCGGCGCUCGCGUUGCCACACAACAUUUCCGUUCAGCAGACAGACGAGUCGACAAGCGAUGAACUGGAGCUAGAUGUGGGCAGCGAGACAACAACAACAACAACAGCUACAGAGACAGCAACAAGCACAACACAUUCACCACCGCAUCAACCAACGCCUGAGGCACCCACCAAACGCAAAGGUUUCAGCAUCUCUGCGAUUCUCGGCGGUGGCAGCUAGUUGCACAUUUUAUGUUUUAGAAUCUACAGUAUAUGCCUUUGAUAUUAUUAGAAAAGUGUACAAAUAAAAGUUUACUUUGGCCUGAUUAACUCUUAAGAUUGCAUUAAGUUUGCACAAUAAAAGUAGCUAUAAAACAA